AUGUCCAUAGAGAGCGCCGAGCACAUAAGACGACUGGCUGAAGCGCUCAGGAAGGAGGUUGCCGAGGGUGGGACUGUAGAAGUGGAUCCUGGGUUGGAUUCUUCUCUGGUUCAGAUCGCGACCGUCAUAGGGGAAACUCUGGCAUUGAUCCGGUCCAACAGGUUGAAGCAAAAGGAGAGGUUGAUAGUCGAGCAAAAGGCGGUGAUAGCUGGGAAAGAGGGUCAGUUGGCUGAGCGGGAUGAAACAAUCGCCGACAUGAAUGAGAUGUUGGAAUCUCAGGAAACCAAGUUGAUGAAUGAGAAGGCAAAGUCGACAGAGUUGUCAAAUCAGUUGGAAGAGAUGACAAGGAAGUCUGUGCCCAUACUCGUAUCGGACGUCUACUGA